CGAUCAAUGUGGGCGUGUUCCUUGUUGAGUUUCAAUCCAUGUUGAGAUGUUAUCUUAUGAAUAUUCUUAUGAAGGAUCUCAAGGAGCAAUCACCGAAAUCGUAUGCAGAAGCGGUGGGAUUUCCGGAACUGAUUGAACUAAAUCUGAAAUUUGUACAAUCGGAAGAGGUGAAUGGCAUUCAGGUGGCGAAAUUUACCAAGGAUGAUGUUGUGGAACAAUCAAGGUACUGGGAUUCUGCUAUGAUACUUUGCGUUUUGGGAGCUAAUCCCCCAAUAGAUGUUAUUAAGGGCUUCAUAGCAAGAAUGUGGAAAAUGUAUCCCAUAGAUGAGGUUUCUGUAUUGAAAGAAGGACAGUUUAUUGUUAUGUUCCAAAAAGAAGAAGACAGAGAUGAGGUGAUAAAGAGAAAGUAUUAUUACUUUGAUAACAAACCAGUAUUAGUGCAGAAAUGGAAACCGGGGAAGAAGGUAGAUAUCACAGAACUUAAGGAUAUCCCCAUCUGGAUACAACUUCCUGAUCUGGAUAUCAAGUACUGGAGCUUAACAGGACUAAGUAAACUAGGCAGCCUCAUUGGAAAGCCUAUCAAGAGGGAUAAGGCCACUGCUACAAGGAUGAAAUAUGCAUAUGCAAGGAUACAAGUGGAAGUUGGGGUUUACCAGGAAUUUCCUAAGACAAUCACUUUCAUAAAUGAAGAGGAUAGGUAUGGGACACAAAGAAAAUUGUGGUGCAAAUACUCGAGAGUCGGAGGAAAUCCUGUUACUUGGGAAGAGAUCAGAGACUUUAAGGAAUGUAUGCAAAUUAAUGGGUUGGAGGAAUUACCAGCUGAAGGUGCCCAGUUCACGUGGUCUAAUAGACAAGGAGUAGGCAGAAGGAUAUACUCUAGAAUUGAUAGGGCAGUAAUUAAUAUUGAAUGGAUUGCCCAAUCUAGGGCAAAACUUAUUAUCAAAGAGGAAGGGAUGUCUGAUCAUACACCUCUAUUAAUAAAACUAUGGAAGCAGGAUAAGGGAGGGCACAGGUUCAGAUUUUGUGAUAUGUGGACCAUGGACCCUAACUUCUCUAACCUAGUUAAGGAGAAUUGGGAAAAAUGUGUUCAAGGGAGAAGCAUGUACCAAUUGGUGAAGAAGCUGAAGAUACUUAAAACACAAUUCAAAAGCUUGAAUAGAGAGAAAUUUGGAAAUAUAAUUCAAAGAUGUGACAUAGUCAGGAAUGAACUCUAUGCUGUGCAACAUGAGAUUAAGGGGGAUAUCAACAAUGAACUGCUGAUCAAUAAAGAAAAACAAUUGAUACAACAACUCAAUUGGAACCUGAGAGCAAGCUACCUGUUGAAAUGCCAACAAGCAAAACAAGAAUGGAUCCUUGAAGGAGAUCAAAAUUCAAGGUUAUUCCAUGCAUGGGUUAGAAAGAGACAGAUCCAAAACCAUAUCACCACAAUAUACAAUAAAAGAGGGGAGCUUGUAGAAGGAAUGGAAGACGUGACUAGGGUAGUGCUGCAAUAUUUCCAAGAGGCAUUGGGAACCACAGAACUGAAGGAGAUAGAGGAGAUGCUGGCUAGAUGCAAAAGCAAGGAGAGAAACCUGAGGGCUGCCACCUUCAACUCGUGUUGUUAUGCAAUUUGGAGAUCAGUUAGUCAGUUUGAAUCAGACAGAAACCAAACCAAUGUUCAGUAAUACAAAUACAAUAAAAGGGUUCAAAAGCCAAAGCUCUCGAAGAUCAUGUCGGUCAUGGUGCCCAGCCUGGAAACCAUCCUAGCGGCAGCUGAAUCCCGUGCCUCAAAGGAAUCGGAGUAUUUGUCGCCAUUGCAAGCGCAUUCAAAGCUCGCUCCUUGCACCGUCACUUUUAUACAAAAACCACCUAUAUAGUAGAAAUGUUGUGUCCAUUUAUUAAUUCAGUCCAGCACCAGUAAACAAGGCAUGAAAGUGGAUGAAAUGAACAAUGUGUUUGCCU